UUUUAUCCUUCCGUCCGCUUCGUUCCUCUCUCUAUCUCUCUCUCUUCCUCAAUUCCAGAUCUCCCCCAAUUCCCACAAAGAGAAACCCUAAUUCUUUCUUCUCCUUCUUCAAGUCUUCGACAUGGAUCGAGAGCCGGAGGAGCUCCAAUUCUUGGGUCUCGUGGGGAUCUACCACGAGGCCUACAAGAUCCUUCUCUCAUGGCGGCGCCUCUUCGCCCAGAUCGCCCUCGCCCUGGUCCUCCCCCUCUCUCUCCUCUUCCUCGCCCACAUCUACGUCUCCCACCUCCUCUUCUCCAAGAUCGACCGCAGCGAGGCGGCCCUCGACGUCGCCCCUCCCGGCUCCCCCUCCCAGUCCGCCAUCCUCUCCCGCCUCUCCGCCGAGUGGUCCGCCUUCAUCCUCUUCAAGGCCGCCUACCUCCUCGCCCUCCUCGUCCUCUCCCUCCUCUCCACCUCCGCCGUCGUCUACUCCGUCGCCUCCAUCUACACCGCCAAGGACCUCUCCUUCGCCAAGGUCCUCGCCGUCGUUCCCAAGGUCUGGCGCCGCCUCAUGAUCACCUUCCUCUGGGCCUUCCUCCUCCUCGUCGCCUACAACACCGCCACCCUCUUCGUCGCCAUCCUACUCGUCUUCAUCUUCGGCCCCGACAUCCCGGGGGCCGUCGCCAUCGCCCUCGUCGCCGUCCUCUACGCCGCCGGCCUGGUCUGGAUCAGCGUCGUCUGGCACGUCGCCAGCGUCGUCUCCGUCCUCGAGGACGCCUGCGGCAUCGAGGCCAUGCGCAAGAGCCGGGCGCUCAUCAGGGGCAAGACCUGGACGGCCGUCGCCAUUUUCGUCAUGCUCAACCUCUGCUUCGUGGGUGCGGAACUGGGUUUCCGACGCCAGGUGGUCUGGGGGGACUAUUUCGGUCUCGGGGUGGGGUCCAGGGUCGGGUACGCGGUGGUGUGGCUGUCCUUCCUUUGUUUGGUGAUUCUGUUCGCGUUGGUGGCGCAGACGCUGGUGUAUUUCGUGUGCAAGUCGUACCAUCACGAGAGCAUCGAUAAGUCGAGCCUGGCGGACCACCUGGAGGUUUAUCUGGGGGACUACGUGCCGCUCAAAGCCGAGGAUGUGCAGCUGGGGCAGCUCCACGUGUGAUGUUUUUGAUGAUAUGAUUCAAUAUUUUGUUUUUUUUUACUUUUUCUAAAGAGCUUUGGAUAAAUCCGUUGUGUGACAUACAUGCAUCAUCACAUGUAGAUGGAUGAUGGUAUAUGUGGACGAUGUAAUAAUCUCUUUGUAAUGGUGAUUUGGAAGAAGAGAGGGAAAGUUAGAGCCACAUGAUUAAUCCAAGGGUUUACAGUUGGGCUCGGUG